AUGCCUCCCGAAUCCCUCCCCUCCCCCGACCUCUCUCCCACACCGCCACCAUCACCGCCUCUCGAAACCGCCUACACCGCCGCCCUCCCCCACAACGCCACCCACAGCCUCCUCCACCGCCUCCCGCUCGAACUCCUCGCCCACCUGGCCACUUACCACCUCUCCUCCUCCGCCGCCGACAUCCUCUCCCUCCGCGCCACCAGCAACGACUUCCGCCACAACCCGCUCAUCCCGGCCCCCUUCUCUUCUUCUCCUCCCAGCUCUCCCACCACCACCACCCCUUCUUUUUCUUUUUCCUCCUCCCACCGCGCCGCCCUCGCAGCGGCCAAAGACUUCCGCCACCGCCUCGCCCGCGACGACACCCGCCGCGCCUUCCUCGCCACCUGCGCCGCCGAGCGCGCUGCGCUAAACUUCCGUCCCUGGCCUGUGCUGGACGAGCGGCCGAGGGCGUGCGCGGGCUGCGUCGCGGCGCAUCCGAGGCACUGGUUCAGUCCCGCGCAGUUGCGGGUCGAUCCGGAGCUAAGGCGGUGUCGGGGGACGGAGGGAGGGGAGGGGGGCGGUACGCCGGUGUGUGAGCACGAGGUGGUGGGGUGGCAUCGGAUGAGGGCGUUGCGGGAGGAGGCGAAGAGGAGGACGGCGGGGGAUUUUCGGUACGGGUGUGGGAGGGAGGGGUGUAGGGCUGAGUUGGUGUUUCCGCGGAAGUGGAGGGAGCUGGUUUGGGCAAGGAGGAGGGUGGUGGUGGCGCGCGGGGUGCGGGUGGGGGAGGGGAUGGGGGAGGGGAUGGGGGAGGGGAUGGGGGAGGGGAUGGGGGAGGGGAUGGGGGUGACGAGGGAGGUGGUGUGGGGGUGGCUGAGGGCGGCGGAGGAGGUGGAUGGCGUGUUUGUGUGUCGGCAUGUCAAGUUGGGGGUGCCCGAGUCGUUUGAGAGCGAGUGGGUGGGGUUGGAGAGGCGGUGGGAGGAUGUUGGCGGUGGCAAGAUUUCGAUACAUCGGUGUCGGGUUCGUACGUGUAAUGUGAAGGUGUCGUUGAGUUGGACGCGUGUGGAGACGGGCGGCGGAGAUGGGCCUGUGGUGGAGUUGGAUAUCUUGCGGUACUUUGGAGAGCUGGAGUCGCCGAUUGAGGAACAGUGGUGUGCUCAGCUUCAGCAUGCGGAGGAAAGAUGA